AUUAAUUAAAUAUUAUAUACAAUUAUGUCAUUCGGCACAAGGAAACAAUUUAUGAUAAAUCCAAUACGGGAAGAAACAAGUUGGAAAUUGUGCAAGUUGAUUAGUAAUGAAGACUCUCUAAACUUAAAGAUAACCAUUCAAAGUGGUAAAGGAGUGGAUAGUACUACAAAGCUGUCCCGUAAAUACAUCAUCAAUAAUGCAGUUUACUUCCAGAUGAGAAUGGAUACUGGCCUUUCAUCUAGUCAACCUUCUAUUUUUGCACCACAAUCUACAAAUUACCUUAGCUAUGACACAUAUUCAUUAUUUUGCAGCUUUGAGAACAUUGAAGGCAGUGAAAAGACCUAUAUGGCUGAAGUGUCAAUAAAGUCGUUUAUAAUUAAUACUAACAAAACAUUUUAUAUACACAAUAAAAUAUGGAGGUUACUCAUUGAACCCACCACUUCAAAUUUUACAACCUCAUUUGAUAUAAUUGUCACUCUUAGUUUAAUGGAUAAAAUUAUAAGACCAUUUGCACUGCUCUAUAAAGACUCAAAAUCAACUGAUUUAAGACUGAUAGGCAAAGAUGGAACUAUUGAAGUGCACUCUGCAAUAUUGAUUGCAUACAGUUCAGUCUUCAACAAGAAAAUAUCUGAAAAGGCUCAGGAAUCACCUCGUCCCUACGAACUAGCUCUGCCACAUGUAAAACAAUCAAUUUUGCAACAUUUAAAAGAUUAUAUUUACUUGAACAAAAUACCAGAGUCCCCAUUGUCAAGUUUAACGGACCUCAUAGUCUUUGCUUCCGAGUAUAAUAUGAAGGAAUUGGGUCAGAUGUGCACACAGAAGUUGGCUACAAUUGCUGUUGCUGAAAAUUUUUGUGAUUUGACAUAUUUUGUGCUGAAUAAUGGUAUGAUGGAGACUUUUUUUGACAUUUUAGAACUUAUUGAAAGUAGCAAAAUAAAAACUGAAGAUAUUAAGCAAUGUAUUCAUACAGAAAAUGUAAAUGGCAGAUAAAAUUAAC